GCGAUGUGGAGUGGAAACCACAAUUCCCAGCAGCCACUUGAGCCUGGCCAGGCUGUAGUGCCUGAAGGACAGUUUAGUUCACAGGCCCUGGGUUUAGUCAGUUUUGAAACCCAGUGGGUGGGCUUGUCUCUCAUGGAAGGAACAAAAGAGUCGACAAAGCCUUGGGCUGGUUUUGUGGAAGGGAAAGGAGCCUUGGUCGACUAGGCCCAGACUCAGUUGAGCAUGAUGCUGCUGCCCCUCUUGCCCAGGUGUUGGCACUUGGCAGCUGGAAUCCCAGCAAGGAACUGGUUGCUGACUGGUGGAGGAGGCUUUGCUGGGCAGGAAGCAUGGAGUGGCACCUGCCAGCUGCUGCCUCGCUUGCUUUGGACCAGCCCUGGGAGCAGAAGCCCGGAUCCCUCUCAACCCACAGAGCCCAGGCCAGAGACCAAGGAAACCCUCAAAGAGUGGGCCCUGGCUGUGUGCCCCUUUGGCUCACUGAAGGCCCACCUUCCUUGCCAUGUCACUCUGUGCCCCCUGGACCCCCACAAGCACCCCAAUGGCGACAGGAUUUUCGUGACCGCGAAAGCAGCCAGCACCAAGACAUGCCACCCGAGGUCAGGCCUGGAUUCUUUAAAGGUGAAAUACGAUGAAGGGCUCAAGGAAGUGAGCAUCAUCUCAAGUGACGUGGAUGGUGCCGCCUCGGUGGAUGUGAGAAUGCCAGUGAAGUUUGACUUGGAUAUCAAGAUAUCAGGAAAUGGCUGUGUAAAAGUUGAGAAAAUUGAAUGUGAUAACUGCAGAAUAGAAACAGAGAGGGGAACGAGCAUUCUUCAAUCAAUAAAGAGUCAGAAACUUGACAUCCAGGCCAAAGGAGGGAAAGUUAUCUGCUUGGGAACGAUUCAGGGAAACACUGAUAUUCAUGUGACACAAGAAAGUACUGUGAGUAUAGAAAAGCUACAAGGUUCAUCUGUUAAUAUUUCUACAACAAAUGGUUUAAUAAAAACCAAAUAUCUUUAUGCAGAAUCUUCAUUUCUGUCUUCAGCAGCUGGUGACAUUUUACUAGGGAACAUUCACGGUGAUACAACCCUUCAAACUAAAACAGGAAACAUUACAGUCGAUUCUGCAGAUGGCUCCCUAAAGGCAUCUACAAUUCAAGGGGAAAUAGAUGUUUAUGUUGUUAGUCGACUGGGAGACGUGGAACUGAAAUCUGAGAACGGUGCUGUUUCUGUAAAGGUACCUGCCACUCUUAAUGCUGAUCUGCAUUUAUCUGGAAGCAAGGUUGAGGUGAGCCCAGAGAUCCAUUGGCAGGAUGUCCAGAAGGUCUCCAGAGAAGGUCGUAUCAUUGUUACUGGCCAUAUGAAUCAAAAGGAUGAAAAAGGAAAACAUAUUAAAGCUGAGACAGAAAAUGGCACAGUUAAUCUCAAAAGUCAGACCUGGUUCCAGUCUGUGAAGCUGAAAACUGUACGAUAGAGCCUCACCUCCAUGAAUCAAGGAGCAACAAAUCCUGUCGGCGAAUUAUGUUGAUACCACUUUGAAGUGAAUGUGUGGAUUUUUACCCAAUGUUUGUUUACAAAUACACUAAUUCAUACUAUGUUACUUAUGAUGACUUUUUGAUUUCAAACUACUUCAUGUGCAGAAAUCAUGAAAAACAAUGAUUCCCAAAUUUUGUUCAUCAUAAUUCUAAAUGGUGAAACAUUUAACAAAUCUGUAAACUGAAACAAAAAAAAUCCAUAAACCAUUUGUCAACUUUUUAGCCAGUGUACAUUAUUCAAAAUAACUCUUGAUCAAAUGCAGUAAUUGGAAAGUGUUUAAUUAAAAUGUAAAGUCUGCUUUUCCUUCAAUUCAUUUUACCUCAGGCACUGACAAAAUAAAUUCUAAAUACAUUUAUGUAUUCCA